GCUGCGCGCGCGCGCGCGUGUUGAGUUGGACCGGGAAUAGGAAAACUUUCUCACUGUUAUUAUCCAUCAAAAACAUUCGGAACUGGGAUAUAACGCGAACUCUCCCUUCUGUGUUGAUGAAUUGACCGACUUUGUGAGAAUUUUCGUCCGCAAUGGGCGUUCACAACGUUACAUUAGCGCUUUAUUCCCAACAGGGUCAUUCACCCAUGCAUGUGAAAAAUGGGAUUGAGCUGGAUGUUAAAGUGUGAUUUAAGGAUAUUUCUCUGCAUGUGGACUGCAACGGUACUCCGGUGUUUCUGUGAAGUGAUAUGAUGGACACACAUUGGAGGACAGGAGAUGGCGAUGAGGAUGAUGAACUGAAUUAUGCUGUUGUAUCUGCAAACUGCGAGGAUGUGGCAGAUGAGGACGGUACUUCAAGAGUGCUCUUCCAGCCGGAGGAAGAGCCAUUUUCCUGGCCGGGGCCAAAGACGCUUCGAUUGCGCCGCACUUCACAAGGCUUUGGGUUCACUCUGCGUCACUUUAUUGUGUACCCACCGGAGUCAGCUGUACACUCAAAUUUUAAGGAUGAUGAUCAUGGGCCCAGAGGGAGACCGCGGAACAGACUGGAGCCUAUGGACACGAUAUUUGUGAAGCAGGUCAAAGAGGGAGGGCCCGCUCACAGUGCCGGACUCUGCACUGGAGACAGAAUAGUGAAAGUGAACGAUGAGAGCAUCAUUGGAAAGACGUACUCGCAGGUCAUUGGACUCAUCCAAAACAGUCAAACGUUUUUGGAAUUGUGUGUGAUGCCAAAAGAUGAAGAUAUUUUACAGCUGGCCUAUUCCCAGGAUGCCUACCUUAAGGGUCAUGACGCGUACAGUGGAAAUGCCCGCCAUAUCCCAGCGCCACCCCCUGUAUGUUACUCCCGAAUAGACUGCAAGCCCCCGGGGAUGGCCCAGCCCACUGAGACAUCAGCCCCGGGGGGUUUACCAUCCGAUUUAGGAUACCGUGUGGAGAUACCAGUACCCCCCUCGCCUCCACCACCGAUUCCAAAGACACAGACAGUGGUGUGCGUGUGUAAUGAAAGCGUUCGAACAGUGGUCGUACCUCCUGAUAUUCGUAUGGUUCAUAGGGGGGACUAUGGUCUUAUAGGUCCGGAUCCAAUGUUGAUCAGAGCCAGACCUGGUACUGUGUCUGGCGGUCGCUCGCCAUACCUCCACCCUCGCAAAGUUGACAUGUUCCCUUCAGGUUACCAUGGAGAUGCUUAUGCCAUUCCACCUACACACUAUUCGCCAGCAGCCCCUACUACACACCAAAACAUUGACUGGAGGACUUACCAGACGUACCGGGAAUAUAUCGAUAAUAAAGGUCUUCACACUUACAGUCGGACUAUUCAGGAGCGUUUGGAUAGCCUGCGAGCUGCCUCCCAAAGUGUCCACAGUGGGGCUCACUGUGGACCCCAACCUAACUGGGGGAAUAUUUUACGCCGCAGAAGCACAUCUCAUGAACGGGCUUACCAGGGCCCAUCUGUGCUUCCUCCACGCAGUGCCUCACAGGAUAGAAUGACCGGGGCAGAGAGAGCAGUCCAUGCCAGGGACUGGCCUCCUCGUAGCAUGUCCUCUGAUGGCCUCAUGCGGAAGCCCCUUGUUCAUUCGUCAGACUAUGUGGAACAUGGUGAAUUAGUUUCUGGAGCACAAUGGGCUGUAGUGGACCGGCAGCUGUAUGGCAGAUUAGACCAGAGGAGUCGCCCUAGUAGGCAGUCCCUCCCGCCACGGUCGGUCCUAUACCACCCUCCCACAGGGUAUGGAGUGAAUGUCAGAGGCGUUGCUGGCUUCCAUCAGCACAGCUCUAGAAUGGACAUCCCUCCAACCGCUGGUUUCCCAGAGCGCCCUCGCAAUGGUGCAAACCAGGCCAAAGAGCCUCCUCCCCCCAAAGACCAAAGCGGAAAUAUUCGUAUUUCUAAUUCUGCAUCAAGCCAAUCUAGAACUAGAGCUGAAACCAUGCAAAGCCCAGAAAUGGGGAACGACACUGCUGUGGGUCUCAGGUCAGCAUCAUGUUCUGCACCGCCCCCUAAGAGGCUACAGGGCGGGGCAUCUGCUCAGCGGACACACCCACGGGAUCUCAAAGGGUUAUCGAUAAAUGGGUCCAAUCUGGUUGAGGGCGUAGUCCUACGAGAGAAGCCCCCAAUAGGGAAGGGUACACCACAACCACUCCGCCACCCCUCAUACAUCCUUGCUGUGAAUGACACGGAUGGAUCUGAGCCAGCAGGGGGUGGUGUCUGCUGGUUGCCCAAUGAUGCACGCCGGGAGAUGCACAUGAGGAGAUUGCGGGAUGUUGACUCCUCCUUUUGCUCCAGUAAUCUGGACGAAUCACUUGACUCCAUUCCCUUCAUUGAUGAGCCAGCCAGCCCUAGUAUAGAUUGUGAUGCCAGCCAUAUUCCUGCAUCGGCUGUUAUAUCUGGUGUGCUGUCUGACAGCCCAAGCAAGCACCCCAGUCCCCUCAUGCGCCGCCAACUUUCACAUGAUCAAGAAUCUCUCAGAAAUGUUAUGCUGGGAUCACAAACUGGAACCAAAACAGAGCGCUCAAAAUCAUAUGAUGAAGGUCUGGACAAUUACAGAGAGGAAGGCCGCGGACGAUCCAGUAAACCAAGCCUGAGGGUUUUCAAGAAGGCACUGGAUGGCAAUAAGUCUGAUGACUCCAGCUCCAGGAGAGAUUCCUCCACUGAGAUCUUCAUUGAUUCCACCAAAGAAGGCUGGCUGCAUUUACGACAGCUCAACACGGAGAAGAGCAAGCGUGUGGGUGGCGGCAUGCGGCCAUGGAAACAGAUGUACGCAGUGCUGCGGGGACACUCCCUUUAUCUCUUUAAGGACAAAAAGGAGGGACUUGCUCAUGUCAACUCUCAGCUGGAGGAUGAGCCUCAGGCUAUCAGCAUCAAAGCCUGCUUGAUUGACAUCUCUUAUAGUGACACCAAGCGCAAGAAUGUUCUCCGGCUAACAACUUCAGACUGCGAGUAUCUGUUUCAGGCAGAGGGGCGGGAAGACAUGCUUUCCUGGAUCAGAGUCAUUCAAGAAAACAGCAACCUGGACGAGGAGAAUUCUGCCACUGAUUUGAUCAAUAGAAAGCUCAAAGAUUAUAUAUCCAUGAGUGCUCCCAGCAGUAAGACAGAACCAUCACCAAAGCCCUCACGACAAUCUCUUAGCAUUAGACACACGCUGCUGGGUGGCAGCAGUAAGAGUCAGAGCCCCCACUCGCCCAGAAAUGAACAAGAGAGAAAUGAGUCUAGUCCUCCAAGAGAUAAAGCUGCAUGGAGGAGAGGAAUUCCAGGACUGAAGAGAAAGCCUCAGGACAAGAGGCCCACCGCUGGUGUCACAUUUGGAGUCCGACUGGAUAAUUGCCCCCCUGCACAGACUAAUAGAUUUGUGCCUUUAAUCGUGGAGGUAUGUUGUAAGCUGGUGGAGGAAAGAGGAUUGGAAUACACUGGCAUCUAUAGAGUCCCUGGAAACAACGCUGCCAUCUCUAGCAUGCAGGAUGAACUAGACACUAAAGGCAUGACAGACAUUGAUAUCCAGGAGGAUAAAUGGCGAGAUCUCAAUGUGAUCAGCAGUCUGCUGAAGUCCUUCUUCAGGAAACUUCCAGAACCUCUGUUUACUAAUGAAAAAUAUGCCAACUUUAUUGAGGCAAAUCGAAUUGGGGAUCCAGUUGAGCGGUUAAAAGCAUUGAAGAGACUGAUCCAUGAGCUGCCAGACCAUCAUUAUGAAACGCUAAAGUUCCUCUCUGGUCACCUCAAAACUGUCUCUGAAAACUGUGACAAAAACAAGAUGGAGCCACGUAACUUGGCCAUUGUGUUUGGCCCAACACUUGUAAGAACAUCGGAGGACAACAUGACCCACAUGGUCACGCAUAUGCCUGAUCAGUACAAGAUUGUGGAGACUCUCAUUCAGCAAUAUGAUUGGUUUUUCACUGAAGAUGGAGCUGAAGAGCCAACGACCACCGUGGAGCUGGAGAGCACAGUUCAGUCACAGCCUGUGCCCAACAUCGACCAUCUGCUGACCAACAUUGGCCGCACGGCUCAGUCACCAGGAGACGUCUCAGAUUCAACCACCAGUGACUCUGCAAAAUCAAAGCAGGGUUCCUGGGGGUCUGGUAAGGACCAAUACAGUAGAGAUUUGCUGCGUUCUUCCAUCUUUGCCAGUCGCAAACGCAAAAAGCCCAAGGACAAACCUCAGCCCAGCAGCUCUGAUGAUGACCUGGAUGGUAGUUUCUCCAAGGACCUUGCUGUGCAAAAUGAUCCAAAUUGGCCCACUGAUGACCAAACCGAGGAGGCUGAGAGCGAAGUUGGACUCGAUGACCAAUUACAAAGGACUGAGGAUGGCGACCAGAGCACAGGAGAUAGCCUUGAUCUCACUUCCAACAACAAACAGACCAACUCUGAACAUUUGCCCCACCACACCUCACCCAAGAUUACAUCAUCCAAAUCUAGUUAUCACAUUCAGAUGACACGACAAAGUUCCUUGUCAGAUCAUCCUUCUAACUACGAUGAUGGAUGCAUCUCAGAUCUGGGCACACUUAACAGCACCAGCUCCCAGGCCUCGGUACCAAGGAUGAAACAUGGGAGAAUACAAGGCCACUGGAUGGAGAACUCAGGAACCGGUCCAGGAGCGGAGGUGUGCUCUAUUACAUCAGAUUACUCCACCACCUCCUCAAUGACCUUCCACACCGGGGCGGAGUCCAUCGCUCUCAGUCCAGAGGUACAGUCUGUUGCUGAAAGCCGCGGAGAUGAUGCUGAUGAUGAAAGAAGUGAGCUCAUCAGCGAGGGACGACCCAUGGAGACGGACAGUGAGAGUGACUUAUCAGUGUUCGCUGUUGGCCGAGAAAGUGGACCAUCUGAAGAUAACAACCGACCUGAAGGCAAACUGAUGCAAGAUGUGCCAAAUUCAAUCCUCUCCCAUCGAAUCAUUGCAUGCGAUACUCUGGCACGCAAGAGAGGGAGUCGACAGAAGACUGAUAGUGAGUCCUCAGCCGACGGAAGCCGCAGCGACAAGGAGUCUAGUCGACUUUCACGAGUCCUGGACACAGUUAAAGGCCGAUCCACGGGCAGUUCAAGCUCUUCCUCUCGCAGCGAGUCAGAACGAGCCGAACCUAUGUGGCGACUCAAAAUCACAGAUCGGUUAAAGUGCAGACUCCGGACAUCAGCGGACGACAUGUUUGGGGUGGGUUCUCAGCGCACCAGAUCCCCCGAGACUCGUAGUAAACGGAAGAGCAAUAUCCGCCGCAGACACACCAUGGGUGGUCAGCGUGACUUCGCCGAGUUGUCUGUAAUUGGAGACUGGCAGAGGGUGGAGGGCACUGAACUCUCAGCUAUGGAUCGUUUAAAGCCUAAGUGCAGUUCACAAGACUUUUCCAUCAGAGACUGGAUAGCUCGAGAGCGUCACCGUGCUAGCAACCCUGAAGUUAGUCUAGACAUGCUGGACCUGCACCCUUCCAGAUCACGGGACCCGUUAUACGCCGGGCCAUCACACUCCUACCAGAGUGAGCUGCUCAAUGGUGAUGUAGCAGCCGCUCAGAGCAAGAGUCUAAACCUAGGCUCUGAUGCCCACCCUCACAAACUCUCUGGUGCUCAAGUGGUCCGUUCCCGUUUCUAUCAGUGCCUGUGAAAGUUUGUGUGAGAGUGUAAAACUCACACAUAUGUAUAUAUAUGAGUGCACUGGUUAUGAAUGUCUGAGUAUUGGCAUGUUUUUAAGGUACUUGAUGCUUAUUAGCCAUGUUGGCGUCAAUAGUGGGAUGAAUCGAACACUAUGAGCGACAGUGUAUGUUAUGCGCAAGAUAAGGAAAAUGUGUCUAACAUUAUUGUUGAGCAAUCGCUGCUGGUCAUAUGGAGGUACAGGCAACAUUCUGUAAUAUUUCCUUCUGUGAAUGAAAUGACGUACUAGCCCAAUGUUGUGAAGUGAAUAGAGGAUCCUCACUGAACUGAAGGAUUGCUGGAGAACUGGAAGUCCCAAUGAAUAUAGUUUAUAGAUUUCACUAUAGAGUCGAGAUGCUUAAAAAGGUUACAUACUGACACCGUUUUAGUCCAAAUGGCUUGGAAGAUAAUGGCAAGUAACCAUGAAAUUGGGUGAGCAGGUAGGUCAAUAGUCCGGAUUUGCAGGAUGUUGAAAAGACUAGAUUGUCUUAAGCUUUGGUAAAAGAUGCAUUUUAUUGAAAGUGUAAAGAGGUCCCAAUGUUGUGAUAGAUCUUUAAGUAACCAAAACAAGAAUGUACGUGCUUGUUGUAAUACUAAACAAACUGCCAUUUUCGGUUAUGAAGUGUACAUAGUUCUCAGUGCUUUUGUUUAUUCGGCCUGUGUUUGGACUGCUUUGCGUGCCGUGCUAUGGAUUAAUUGUCUGUUUCGUUUUCCUUUUAAAUGCGGUGCAUGGCAGACGCUCGGCACGGUAAACGGUAAUAUUUUUUUAUAACAAAGACAAAAAGGAGUUCAAAACUACCCUCUGAUGCAAUUUGCAGGGUAUAUGUUGUUUGUUAUACUUUGACUACUGAGACAGUUGUCUCUGGCGUAAAGCUGGAUCAAAAAUGACGGGAAAAGAAUGGAUUGUUUAAUAUCAAAUCAGGUGUCUUUGGAAUAUGAAAGAUCCUCAUUAAUUAUCGGUCUAGGGUUGUUGAAGGUGCCACAUCUCACCCUGAUAAAUUAGGUGUACAGAAAUGUUUGAAAGAUGAUUUUUUUAAUCUCACCUUAGCCAGAUUUCAUUGAUGAUUUCAUUCAUUCCUUACAGCAUUCCUUGGGUCUUAACACUAUUUUAUUGCAUUGUUUUAAGUUUUCCAUUUGGUAUUUUAACCAGACUUGAAUUUUAAAUAUUCCUGUAAAGUAACUUAAAUGUAAAUAUCUUAUAACAUGUUUUAGCUGCUCGUCUACCUGCAGUUGUCAUCAUUGCAUAAAUUCUAUUUUGUGAGUAUUGUACAAUACAGAGGUGAGGUUAAGAGACCUGGGGAGGGGACAUGCUACUCAUCUCUGGGGGUCUUUAGAUUUUCCCUGUGUGUAAACAAUGCUUCCCUAACCGGUUGUAUCAUGCUGGGUUUGUUCAAACAUUGGACGCAAAUUGUAGAACACUGGAAAAUAAACCCUUUUUGUCUGAUAAA